AUGGCGAGAGUGCUCCACAACUUGCUGUUAUUCCUGAUCGGACUUGCGCAGAGAACCAGAGUUGUGGGGUACUGGUCGCUGAUCUACGCGUAUUGUGCUCUGUGCACCGUCGUGGCGCUGCUGAAACUUUGCUGGAGCAUCAUCCUGAGGCCGACGACCACCUUCCGAUGGACGAUCCGGGAAAGUCCGCCCGCCUGUCUGAAUGACACGUCCUUGGGCACCCACUGUUAUGUUAGGAUAAAGGAGUCCGGCCUUAGGUUUCACUAUGUUGCUGCUGGAGAGAGAGGAAAGCCACUCAUGCUGUUCUUACACGGCUUCCCUGAGUUCUGGUUCUCCUGGCGAUACCAGCUACGGGAGUUCAAGAGUGAGUUCCGUGUGGUGGCGAUCGACAUGCGGGGCUACGGGGAGUCCGACCUUCCCCUUUCCACCGAAAGCUACAGCUUCGAGAACCUGGUUACGGACGUCAAGGAUAUUGUGGAGUAUUUAGGGUACAACAGAUGCUGCCUAGUGGGCCAUGACUGGGGCGGGACCAUAGCGUGGCUGUUUGCCAUUCACUACCCAGAGAUGGUGGCGAAGCUCAUCGUCCUGAACUGUCCCCAUCCUUCUGUGUUCACAGGUUCUUUUCUCCUCUCCCUCCUCUCUCUCCGCAGCUCCCUCCCUCUGAGCCAGAACCACGUCAGGUCUCCUGUGCUGCUGCUGUGGAGCGAGCGGGACACCUUUCUGGAGCAAGAAAUGGCCGAGGCAUGCCGCCUCUACAUCAGGAACCAUUUCCGUCUCAACAUCAUCUCCGGGGCCAGUCACUGGCUGCAGCAGGACCAGCCCGACAUCGUCAACACCCUCAUAUGGACCUUCCUCAAAGAGGGAGAGGGACGCAAGAGCUACAGGAACUAA